AGGCCGCGCAUUGUCAUUGAGACAAGGCUAGAGCAAUGGACACUUCGCUCAAUGACAACUUCAGCCCUUACAUUCUUUGCCUUUGUAGUUGUUAGCUUCAUGCAUGAAAAUGCAUCCGUUUUUUUCUUGAUGCAGCGAAAAAUUAUCGUGCAUUCUUUCUCUCCUUGAUCGUGUUUAGUUUCUACGUUCAUUUUUUUCACUCCCUUGCAUUGUCCGCCAGACUUUAGUUCAUUUUCGCCGUGGAUCAGAACGUCAUGUCGGGGCCUUCUAAAUCAGCUAGCUCUCCCGCCGCCCAGGCACAGCAGCCGGUGUUGAGCGAAUUUUGGCGGCCGAUCUCGGAGUCGAAAAGCUUCUACACCGGAGGCCGACCGGCUUUCUGUGGGCCCGAAAAUUUGUUUUGCCUGGCGUCGGAGGAAUUGACGUUAUUUCACCCUCCGCAUGUUGCGGGAGCAAGAACCGCGUCAUCCUCAUCAUCUGGUGCAGUGACGAAUAAAGUCAGCCUUCACGCACCAAGUCGAAUUGUGAUCCCCGCGGACGGAGACGGUAUCAAUCCACUUGUCGUGUCACAAUACUAUUUUGAUAUCCAUGCCACUGCCACGACGUAGAUUUAGACCCACAUCACAUAGUUCCUUGUCUCGACGACUUUUUUUCUUCUUCACCAUUCAGGUAUUUUCGCGUUCGCGGUUUGCGUUUCGGAGAAAAAGAUUGUAACGAGUCACCGGAGCAACCUUUUCAAGUGCUGGGACGUGUCCAGCUGCCUUGUAGAUGGUACGAAGACUGACGACGUCGAAGCUAUUGACGACACGCCAAAUGUCGUGCAAUCUCUGCCGACGCUGUUGCACAGCUGGAAAGGGCACCCGGAUCUGUGCACCGACAUCUCCAUGAGCGACAGCCGAAAUUUGGACACCCAGAUGUUGGCUUCUUCUUCCGUUGACGGGACGGUGAAGUGCUGGGACCUGGAUGGUUUUUUCGUCACGCACAACUUUCAAGGGCAUGCGGGGACACCAGUGCUGACAAGAUGGGUACAGGCGCCGGAAGUUGUAGCUGGAGGAAGAAAAGCAAAGAGCUUGCUCCUUCUCAGUGCGGACGAUGAAGGCGAGAUUCGUAUCUGGGAUCUGGUCCAAAGAACCUGCGUGCACGUGUUCAAGCAACACUUGGCUCAGGUACUAGUGAUAGAUUUUCAUGUGAUUCGAGAUACAUCAACCUGCUCGCUGCGUCUGCUGCAGAAAACGAAAAAGAGCAAGAAGCAAGCUAUUGUGGCAAUACUUGUUUGUUAAACGACUACGUGAACGCAUAAAGAUAAACAACAUGCCCGCAACAUUCUCAAAAAGAACAACAUGCAAAUUCUUCACAGGUUACGGACGUAUGCUGUUUUGGAAGUCAGCUGGUGUCCGUCGGCCGGGAUAGCGUGCUGAACUUCUUCAACAUUUGCCUCGAUGUGGGUAGUUCUUCGUCCACUGUGAUUAAGCACGCAAAGACGGUCCCCUGUUAUGAGACCGUUGAAGGUGUCUGCGCCGUCAAAGCUGCGAAUAGGAACUCAACUUCUGAAAAAUUCCACGUCGUAACCGCUGGGGAGAAGGGGCUGCUUCGGGUUUGGGAUCCUGCGACUGGACUGAAGGUUCUGGAGCAAAACGUCCCGCACGGCUGCAACGGAAGCAUGCGCGCCGUCGUGAGCUGCAGCAAUAGAAGCAAAUCCACCGAUUGUAGUUCCAGCGAUGGCAAACCGACGUCAACAUGUUCAACUUCUUUUCUGACCGCAGGUGAGGAUCACAACCUUAUUUUCUGGGAACUAGCAUCUGAUGAACCGCGAAAUAAAGUCGCCGCAAGCUCCGGCGAGCAACAGGAAACACAAGAACCAGCUUCGAAGAAGAGAAAGAUAAAGAACAAGAAAGCCGCCGCCAAACAGGCAGCUGCAGUAACCGAGCAUCAUGCGGGGCAGCAUGAUGGUGCUGCAAUUGGUGAAACGAAAGAGGAGCUGGUUUUCCGACUGGCUGUUCACCAGAAGGCGCGCUACAUGGGACAUAACGAGGAGAUUCUAUGUGCGCAGUUUCUUAGCAGGCACCAUGACCUGCACAGAGAUUCAGAUCCCAAUACGUCACCGCCUGCUUCUAAAAAAAAGCCUUUGGUAGUCUGUGCGGUGUCUGAUGAGGUGGUGAAGAUCGUCGAUCCCGUCACGCAUCAGGUCGAACACGCCUUGUGUGACCGAUCCAAGCCUGACCACAGCCACAGCGAGGUGGUGGUCUCGGUGGCAGUCAACUACCGGUGCGGUAUCGUGGCCACGGGCUCAAAAGACAACACGGUCCGCCUGUGGGACGUCGUGACCGGCAGUUGCCUGGCCUGUUUGCGCGGCCACACGCACUCCGUCCUGAGUCUCUGCUUCCCGAACAAAUCCGAAGACCAUAUUUUAUCCGGUUCGGAGGACAAAAGUCUCAAAUGCUGGCGGUUGGGAAGAAAUACAGCAAUUGUUGGGAGCUGCGAAGAUGAUCCAAAGAACGCCGUUCUUCCGCUGACGGGCUCCGCGGAAACCACCAGGAUGGCGCACGAGAAAGAGGUUUCCGUUUUGGCGUUUGGUCCUAAGGGCGACAAAAUCCUCGCCUCCGGCGGGCAGGACAAGGUAAUCAAGCUGUGGUCGUUCCCGGACCUGAAGCAGGUCGGGCAAACCCUGCAGGGUCACAGACGGGGCAUCUGGUCGCUGGCCUUUCACCCCACGGACAAAAUUCUCGUGUCCGGGUCCGGCGACGCGACGAUUCGGCUGUGGAACCUGGCGACCUUUGCCGCGAUUAAAUCCUUCGAGGGGCACAACGGCGCGGUGCUGAACGUCCGGGUGCUGAAGAACAACAUGCAGCUCAUGUCCACCGGGGCCGACGGGCUGGUCAAGUUGUGGCAGAUCCGCACCACGGAUUGCGCGCAGACCAUGGAACUGCACGACGACAAGGUGUGGGGAAUGGACCUCGCUGACGUAACAGUGAAGAAUUCUUGUAGUGGAGCUGCAGGAGGAGCAAGAACAGCUUCGUCUGAGGAUUUACUGACAAAUUUGCUGAACUACCGCGGCCCGGACAACAAAUCUGGCACGGCCGUCCAGGACAAGGAUGCCGAAACUACGCAAGGGAGCUGCGAGGUGGAGGAGCACACCAUUCUGGUCACUGCAGCCGAAUCGAAAUUGAUUCUGUGGAAGGAUUGCACGCGGGAGGUCGAAGCAGAAAAGCAGCAGGAGGAGGUGAGCAACAAAAUGGAGCAAGCGGAAGUGAAGGCGCUGGUUGCAAAAGGCGAGUACGAUUCCGCCUUGACGCACUGCUUAAAGCUGAACCGCCCGGGACAGAUGGUAGAGAUCUUCGGAAAGCUAGGCCUUCUGCACGCGGAGGAAAUCCUUUUACAGGAGGAGGAAGACGCGUACCUGAAGCGGAUCGGCAAAACCGCGGAGGAGGUGUUGGCCGCGCAGGGAAAGAACUUUUUAGGACGAAAGGACGGCGCAGAUGAAAACUCAAAAAAGUUGGAAGAUAAUGGGAUCAACCUCGACGGAGCCCCAGCAGUACUAGCAGAUGGAAACGACGACGCGGGAGCUGCGGAUUCGGGCUCUUCAGAUGGACAGGCCGCAAAGGAUUCCACAACUAUGCCAGCAGAAGAUGACAUUCCUGAAGUUGAAAACUAUGAGGAAGAGGACAGUGAAGAUCUUCUCGUUGAUGCGGUCGUCGUCGAUCCUGCGGUCGUCUUCGGCAAAAAAGAAAUUGGGGGAGGUCAAACUCAAACACAGAACAAGAGCGGAGGGCAUCAUGGUCAACAAGAAACGCCGAUGUUCAACUUACGCGAGUGGAUCUUGAGCAUCACCUCCGUGUCCUCUGAAGCGGAACGGGGCAGCAAAAACACGGAAAAGAUUUGCCAGCGAAAUUUGGAGCAGCUCGUUGAAUUUCUGGCACGGUGGAACAGCAACGCCAAGACGGCACUUUUGGCCAACGUCCUCCUCCGGGAGCUGCUGCAGUCAGUUUCGAAGGAGAAGCUGCGGAAAGUCGAGAACUGGAACCAAGUGGCAAAAGCAGUGCUGAAUUACUCGUCGAAACACCUUGCGCGCUGGGAGCAGCUGCUGUCCAAGACUUUCUUGAUCGAUCUAUUGCUGGUUUCCAACGGCUUUCAACUUGCCGACACGAGAAACAGUAGCGCGCGCGCUGCUGGAGCAACGGCGGCCGCAAAUGGAAAACCGCUGAGAUCUGACGAGGCUGCGGAAAAGACAACCAACGAGGUUCUCUUUGGAGAUUCGGUGGUGCCUCUGGGGCAAGAUGAUGCGGACUCUGUGGAUGUCGGAGCGCCAGAGAAUAAGCCUAGAAUGAGCGGCGGCAGAGUUCGAUUUCAAGCAGUAGAACAUGGCCAGACCGCUGCUCCAGGGAACGACACCGUCUCUCAGAUUACCGAGGAAAAAAUGCCGAGAACGACAGCUAACACUGGUGGGUUCGCUGGGGUGCAAAAGAAGAACAAACUUGCAGCAUCGAGUAAGGCUGGUUGUGGAAGCGGCAAAACGUCUUCCAUCAAGAAAGGAAAAAAGAAACGCGCACAAAAAUCAAAGUGAGAAGUGCCACUUUUGCUUUGUGCACAGUGCACCAACCACUACCACAUGAGCAUGUGUUUAUUUUUUCCUUGAAGAAGUAUCAACCGAAACCCUCGUGCUACUUUUCGCGACACGUAUACUAGUACGUUGCAAGCAAUGUUGAUGAGUCUUAAUCUUUCCAU